UGUUGUCAUACUGAUACGAGUUGAAAAAAAAUGCGACGAAUUAUUAUUUUGGUCACUCGUUAUGGUCCGCGAACCAAUUGCCAAUGUAAGAGGUUAACUAGAUCAUAUUUGGUGGCUCAUAUUUUCUCAGUUUUGAGUAUAUUUAAAUAUAACUCAGGCAAAACAAAUAAUAAAUUUAUUACUUCUUAAUAAUUUCUAUCCAGUGAUGUCAUAUCGAUACGAGUUGAAAAAGAAAGCGACGAAUUAUUAUAUACGGUUUGGUCACUCGUUAUGGUUCGCGAACCAGUUGCCAACGCAAGGGAGUUAAUACCGCUUCUCUCUGACUAAUAAUAUCGUCUAAACUUUUUUCCUGCAAUCACACCAACAAGAAACACACGUAUAACAUCUCUCGACUACUAACCAUACUAAAUGUUUUAUGUUAAAUGCAGAUUUGUGGCAACUCAGCGAAAUCCAAAAAAAGAAAAGAAGAGCUCAAACUUCUCGCUUU